UCUACUUUCUUUUGGGCAAGUCAUCAACCUCUCAAUUUUCUUGGUGGUGGUGCUUAUUCUCUCUCUUUCUCUUUCCUACUAAGUCUUCUUCAGGGGGUAGUUUAGUGUCAUAAUUGUGGAAUGUAAGCUUUACUCAUUGUUUCAUGUGAAACCUCUUCAUGGUUGCUGAAACCCCAUUCAUUACUCUCCAAAAAACUUUCAUUCAUUCUCAUUCAUGGGAUAUUUACCCCUUCUCUGUUUCACAAUUUAAUGCUCCUUCAUGGUAACGGUUGUGGUUCCUCAAUUAUAGCAUUUGGAAAGGGGAAUAACACUCUUGCAGGAAGGCUCUGUUUUUUUUUUUAAUUGGGUUCUUCUCUCUUUAGCAAAAUCAGGAUCUAGCUGCUGUUUUUUGGGUUGGUUUUUUCUUCUAGCUUCUGGAGUCUUCCAAUGGAGACAGAUAAUAACAGUGAGUCAAAGUCAAAGAAGAUGGAAGACUAUGAGGUGAUAGAGCAAAUUGGAAGAGGAGCAUUUGGUUCUGCUUUUCUGGUUCUUCACAAGUCUGAGAAGAAGAGAUAUGUGCUGAAAAAGAUUCGCUUGGCAAAGCAAACUGAGAAGUUCAAACUUACAGCACACCAAGAGAUGAAUCUGAUUGCAAAACUAAAUAACCCAUAUAUUGUGGAAUACAAAGAUGCUUGGGUGGAGAAGGAGGACCAUAUAUGCAUUGUUACUGGCUACUGUGAAGGAGGUGACAUGGCUGAGUACAUAAAGAAAUCGCGCGGAUCAUUUUUCCCUGAGGAGAAGGUUUGCAAAUGGCUCACUCAAUUGUUGAUAGCUGUGGACUACUUGCACUCUAAUCGUGUGAUCCAUAGAGAUCUUAAGUGUUCCAACAUAUUCCUCACAAAAGACAAUAACAUUCGGCUUGGUGACUUUGGUCUUGCGAAACGGCUUAAUCCAGAAGAUCUUGCUUCCUCGAUUGUUGGAACUCCAAAUUAUAUGUGCCCUGAGCUUCUAGCUGAUAUACCUUAUGGUUAUAAAUCUGACAUGUGGUCGCUCGGUUGCUGCAUGUUUGAGAUUGCUGGACACCAACCGGCAUUUCGUGCUCCGGACAUGGCUGGACUUAUUAAUAAAAUUAACAGAUCCUCCAUUUCUCCAUUGCCAAUUAUUUAUUCUUCCACACUGAAACAACUUAUUAAGAGCAUGCUCAGGAAAAACCCAGAACAUAGACCAACAGCUGCUGAAUUGUUACGCCAUCCUCUUUUACAACCUUAUGUUCUCCGCUGUCAAAACGCAUCAUCCAAUUUUCUUCCAGUAUACCCCAUAGUUAACUCAAAGGAUAAAACAAAAAGAUCUAAAAAAUCUAGUGGUGGCAAGGACCAGAGGGACAAAGACACAACAUCACCAAAUUAUUUGGAAAGGAUUCAUCCGAUUGAGGGAAAUGGACACUUACAGCCGAGGAAUCUUCCAAGUGAGGGAGAGCUAACAGCUUCAACAAGUGCAGAAGACAACGUCGAGAACCGGAUGGUUGAUCUUACAAGCUACAUAGUGGAAUCUUCUACUAGUAUUAGUGGCUCAAAAGAUGGAUCAACAACAUCAGAAUCAACUAUUUGUAGUGUGUGUAGGGACCCUGACUUCAAAACUAGGCCUGCAAAGGAAACUGCAAAUAUUGAAAUCACUUCAAAGAGUAUACAGGAUUCUGUGCAUCAAGAUCAUGAAUUUGCUGCUGAACUUCUUCAAAACUUAGAAGGGAUUGACAUAAAUGCUGUUACAACACUAGUUGAAGAUGCUUUUUCGGAUGACGGUGCUAACAAUGCCGAAGCAGAUAGAGAAGAUGCCAAACUUGAAGACUCAAGGAAAUCGGCUUCCAGUGCUGAAGCACAGAGAGAAGAUGCCAAACUUGUGGAUUCCAUGAAAUCAACAACUUCCAGUGCAGGCACCAGCAGCACUGGUAAAGAUAAGUCCAUUGAUGAGGAAAGGUUGUUGCUGAUUCUGCAUCCUGUUAAGGUUGAAUGUGACACCAAAUCCGGAACCAGCUUGAAGGAAAUCGAAAAUCAUGAUGCAUCAAAGGAAGGCUCACAAUUGAACUACUUGUCAUCUGAAAGUAAUGAUACUCCUCCAGUCAAGGAUGAAUGCUCCAUGCAUAAAGAUGAAAAUGCCAAUGCAGUUGAUCAGACACUGAAUGGCAUUUCGUUAAGCACUUUGACAAUCAGCGACGAAACAACGAAGUCAGAGUUGGAUAGUCCUUCCCAGCAAAGGGCUGAGGCUCUUGAAUCUCUGCUUGAGUUAUGUGCUCAGCUACUCAAGCAAGAUAAGCUCGAAGAGCUUGCGGCUGUGCUAAGACCGUUCGGAAAAGAAGCUGUCUCAUCCAGAGAAACAGCAAUAUGGCUGACAAAGAGCCUUAUAUCAGCACAGAAGUUUAAUCCUGAAAGCUAGUUCCAUGAGUGGCUCUUACCACUAAUUUAUACAUUAUUGUAAGAAAAUAUGUAUUUUUUUCCUCCAGAUUUCAAGAGUUUGAUCCUUUGAGACUGCUGCUUGAUUGAAGAUUGUAGCCCGGAAGAUGGCAUCUCACAUAUUGUUUUCUUGGUUAAUAUAGUAAAUGAAAUAUUUAUUUUUGUUUA